AUUUAUUUAUUUAAAAAAUAAGAAUUAAUGAUGAACAACGUAAGAGAAGCUAUUCAUCCCCCUCCUUUUCCACCCCUAAUCCCCCACCCUUCAAAAGCUUCCUCUUAAUCGCUAGACUUGGGUUUCCCCACUUUCCCCCCAAAUGUUGGCCCUCCGAUGGUCAGCCCGGAGUCAGUGGAUGCGAGGAACGCGGUGCUCUACCAGGUGCUGCUGGUGCUCGCCGUCGUGAUCGGCGCCGUGGCGGCCCUGCUUUGCAUGCUAGUACUCAUCAGGUACUUGCUGGUUCAUCGACGCAAUUUCCUGCUCCGGAUGCACGCCCGGGAAUGCGGGCCGGGUCCGGGGAAUAAAUUCUGCUCCUACGGGUGUUUCACAUCGGACAUGAGACCCAGGGCCGAGGAUGAAGGUGUUGAAGUCAUCAUUGGUUACCCUUGGACUCGAGGCAAACGAGUAGAGAAUGCUAAGAGAAAUUUUUCGCACCGGAGCCUCGUGCAGUUCUUUCUUCUGGCGACAUCAAUGGCUUUUAAGACGCAUUCUUCUUUGGGCGUCCACGACCACGUCCGGGAACCUUUGGCUGUGGACAAUACGGAUAACAUUCCGAUGAGAAAAGAUCCGAAGAACAGUCAAUCCAUGAAUCUUAGGAAGACCAUAGUUGACUGA